AAAGGUACUGGGUCCACUUCGCCCGAAGAGUGCACCAACCCCUGCCAGGUGCAUGGCGAACAGGUCUUGUGUGACGCCAACGCUGACUGCCUCUACCUCGCCGAACAGGACGACUACAUCUGCGAGUGCAAGGACGGCUUCAACAAAACUGAGUCCGGAGAGUGUCUAGACACAUGCAAAGACUACUGCCUACACGACGGCGUGUGCCGCAAGACGGACCGCGGGCUGCCUUACUGCGAGUGCGUCGGCUCCUUCACGGGAAAACAAUGCCAGCACAAGAGUUUGUUCGCCUACAUCGCUGGGGGCGUGGCGGGCGCCGUGGUGUUCCUCAUCAUCCUCGUGCUGCUCGUAUGGAUGAUCUGCCUGAGGUCCACAAGGAA